AGAGGAAAACAAUAGUGAGAAGGAUUCAAUAGAAAAUUUGAACAACACUCAGGCUGAAAGUACAGAAGAAAUUUUCGAGAUCCUAUCAGAUACUGUAGAAUCCGAGAGCAAUGCUAACGUCACACAGAUCAAUAUAGACGAAUCUCCUGCAAAAGAAUCAAAUGAAUUACAAACAUCACUUAAUGAAGAGGAAGUAACUCAGGUGAAACGAUCCAAAUUAACCACACAAGCUACACAUAGAGCUUCAGCAUCAGAAAAUUCAAAAACAGAAGUAGAAAUAAAUUCCACAACAGAAUUAGCUAUGCAUUCAGAAGAAGUUGAUAUGGGAUCUCAAGAAGAAUCAGGAGACAGAGAUGAUAGCUUCAUAGAG